UUAUUACAAAAAUAGACAACUCUUACGUGUUUACAGCCAUAAGGAAAAUAAACACAUAGCUAGCCACUAUUAACAAAGCUAUUCUACCGUUCUCCCGAAGAGAAAGUCAUGAAGUUGUGCAACAGCUCUCGGUGGAGACGGUGUGGGAUUCAUUCCGUUUUCACCAUACAGCCAUUUCAUAUAGAAAACUGUAAUACUGGACAGCCAAUAUGAAACAAUGCUGGUGCGGUUGUUCUCUCCGGAAAGGCUCCAAAGUUAUCAGCGUCUUUCACUUGCUCGUCAACUUAGCCACUGCAUUUUUUCGAAGUUACCAACUCAGCACGAUCGACUUUGUCGGUUUCUCUGCAUCUUGUUAGGAGACUACGACGGAGUUAAGGCUUUCAGUUAUAUUUCGAAUACUCUCGUCGCUUUCAUCUUGGCCAGUUUCUCGGCCCUACUUAUUUAUGCCGUCUACCAUAACCACAGACAACUGAUGAUGCCGUGGCUUUUUGCGACAAUACUCAUCGCUUGCACUCGCGAUAUCUACAUGCUGAUCCGAAGUUUCUUCUUCGCUUCGACAGGAACUUGGUUUGGAAUACUCUAUGUUGGUGCAAUGGUCAUCCAGAUGACUUUAGGACUGUAUCUUUGGUGGGUCGUUCACGGUUUUUAUCACGAACUCCAAGACAAGGAAAAUGAAAAAAGGAAAAACGACCGGCUUGUCAAAGCCACGACUAAUCGCACUACUUCUGAUGUUUGAACAAAUAUACGACAUGAAAUUCUUCUCUCAAUGUUUUUUGUUCUUUUGUUUGUCGACCAAUAAUAGUGGAUCCUCUGUGUCGUUAUACCUUGUACAGCAGGUAACUCUCUGUUUUCAGUAACCUUGACAAAGAUCUAAGUUUCAAAACCGUACAUUAACUCAGUCUCCAUUCCCGUUUCAAGCAUCGUAACGAAUAUACGUUUUCAUUUUCGAAAUGUUCCAUAUGGUAGUUUCGGAAGAACUUGCAACGAGUACUUUCCCUAAAAUGUAGGAAACGUCUAUGGUGUCUCAUCGAAAAAGCGAUGUGUUGCAAGCUCAUGGUAGACUGCAGUAGUUUCUCUUCUUUACGGUUUUGAUUCCUAUGAUGCUUCCAUAUUUCCAGGCUGAACGCAUUUCAGUAAAGUUUCUAAUGUGAUGAAAAUCAUCAUGUUAAGAAUAAUUCUUUACUGUAUUAUUAUCAUUAUAUGUUUUGGAAGAGUGUUGUAGUCAUGGUACAAGAUAUAGUUCAAACAAUUUUUUUUUCUGCCUCCGGAUAUUGCCAAUUCAUGACGUACGUCGUUUGUUACUAUGCUAGAUUCUUACAUAACGUGUCGAAGGUACCGCACAGUGAAUUUUUUUUUGCUGUUGUUGCAGUCAUGGUCCAGUGCUCUUGUACUACUUGUGAUUUCUUUUGGAACUGAAAUUUAUGCGUACAAUAUUCGUUACGAAAGCGAUUGCUUGCCAAUAGAUUAUCAACUACGAUUGUAUCAAUAUAUAUCAAAUAUGUUCUAGCGCUUCAUAAACUAUUCUCUACUUCCUCCUCUCCAUCAGCUAUUCGAAUAAAAGCUACUAUGUAAUGUUUUCUA